AUGGCCAGCCAGGACCUCUCGUUCAUUCCGGAUGAAAGGCCUUCUCACACUAAUGACCCUGCCGAUAACCCUUCUGCCAACCUGACCAGACGCAAUACAACAUUAUCUACAACAAGUGCAAACCCGAUUCCCCCAGGUACCUGGAUCCUUGGCAUUAGUGGAAACUGCCCAAGUUGCCACCAUCGCCACAAGGCUGUCAAAAUCCAGGUCAAGGCCUCUAAUGACUCGGAUCACGUUGGUGAAGUCCAUUGCGAUAACUGUCACCGGCUAUGGCUUGGCUUUGGGGAACGCAACUCCACCCGGAUCUCAUUAAUAUCCACCAAAACUAUCGAGCCUGAUCCCAUCAAGACUGAGUUUCGCUCUGUUCUCAUCAACCUAGUAAGAUCCGCGACCACAGCAACAGCAGUCGCAUCUCCCAGUCUCGCAACUAUCCCGGAGUCGCCUUCAACUGGCCUGUCUCGUGAGGGAUUCGGACAGUCAGCCGUUCACAAUGGUGCCCAAGGAGUGCGAUCAGCCAACGCUCGCGCGCCAUCCAGGCCCCUUACUGGCAACGAAACCGACGUCCCGGUUUUGAACCGUCCAAUCUUUCCUCGAACCGAUGAAUAUCGCACCCCAUCCCACGGGUAUGUUGCCAACAAAAAAUCACGUCUGCUUUUGCGUCUGCAACAAAAACUGCCAAUGUUAAAGAACAUACGUUUCGGACGCCUGCUGAAAUUACCGGGACGGCGUCGAAGGAGUCCUGAGGAACAAGCAAAAUCACCUGUUCCGUACUCGACGUCGGCUGCUGCAACUCCCGGGCUCGCAAUAGUCACACCUUCAAUAUCUUUAGCAGGUCAUGAACUGAACAACACGGAACCUAGAAUUUACGCAAGCCUGCCGAGGUCUGAUGACCCCGGUACUUGCGGUCCUUUAGCAAGCCCUGAACAAGCUCUAGAAUCCCUUAAGAGUUUGGACAGAAGCGUGCUGAAGGAGAUGAGCCUCGAACAAUGCGUUGCUUGGAUGCGGGAGCAACUCACGUCGUUCAAGCUUCGACACACCGGAUACAGAUUAUCAGCGGUGGAUCCUACAAUGGAGAACACCAACGCUCAACCUGAUUUGGACCCAGCAGAAUUGAUAUCCAUUCCACCGGUACCGGCCGCGCGCGAGCAAUCAUUUGUUGGCCUUGGAAGUCACUUCGGGUUGGCAGACGGUCUUCGUGGCCGUCCAUUGAGCAUGAAUGACAUUGAUAUCUCGGACACUACAGAAGCUGAAGGAACUAUUAUCGUCUCCACGCCCCGUCAAACGGUACGGGAAACUCCAUCCCAAACUGGUCUAGUACCAGGCUCGCGUCCCCUGUCACUACCCAAUGUCCACGGUAUUAUUCCAGGUUGGCAGCAGGCCGAUUGGACUAGAGCAUGGGCUCGAUCCUCGUGGGAACCUGCUGCAAGUGGAGGAAUGAUGAACAUCAAUAUUGUCACAGAACGGCCGGACAACCGUUACUCUCUCCAGUCAAUGACACUGGUGGGCACAGAGCCUUCUAUGUCGCAAGUCCAACUCCCGCUGCCCACGCCUGAACAGGGCGAGCCAUUUGGAAACCAUCGAUACUCUUCCUCGCCAUCUCGGCCGACUGAAAGAGAACGUCGUAUAUCGUCUUAG